UAAUCUCUUGGAAAAUCAUAAUGGAUACUUACAGCAAGACCACCAACCACGUCUACAAUACGCAAUUCGUUUUAUACAAUUAGCCACACAAAUUGAUUUUUUAGGUACAGCUUUGAUGUCGGAUGAAGCGCAUUUCCAAGCAAAAGGGUAGAUUUCGGGGCUCUGAAAAUCCAAGGGCAUCACACCAGCACCAGUUACACCCAUCCAGAUGCACUGUUCGGUGCGGUGUUAUAGCCGAAAAUGUAAUCGGUCCAUAUUUCUUUGAGAAUGAGGAUGAAACGCCAGAAACCAUUUCAGGGGCUUGUUACAGUACAAAGAUUGACAACUUUUUGCGGCUAACGGGAGGGAAGCAUUCUAAUUUGUGGUGCCAACAAUAUGGAGCGACUGCGCACACUGCUAGGCAAACUAUGGACCGCUGCGUGAAAUUGUUUAAAACAAGUUUCCUAACUUGUGCAAAGAAAGCGAUAAAGACAAAUAAAAUAGAUUGCGUAGAAGGCGUAGAACAGGGGAACUUGUUAUAUUUGCCGCACGGCACUGCCGCAGAAAGAACGGAUUUUCUCAGAUCUGAAUUUGAUCAAAACAAAUCGAACAAAUCACUCCAUUUUGCCAAUGGUGGGAUGCAUAAUUUUUUCGAAAUGCCCUAAAAAUGAUUAAAAAAUUUGAAUUCUGAGCCCUAUAAAUACAACAUUAAAGUAUUUAAACUAAAAA